UCGUAUUCUAUCCUUGCCAAGUAGAAAACCUCAGCAGCAAUGGCACCGGUCGAACUACCGGUAUUCGACGAGCUGACCCUCGACCCUUCCGGCCCCAAAGGCAAUGCGUGGGGUCUCUUUGGAAAGGACAAUAGCCUUGGGAUGCUCAACCUUCUCACCCCAGACGUUGUAAAAGCUGCAGCAAGCGAAAUCAAGGACGGUGUUCGUUUUGCACUGGACUGGCAGCUCAAUGCUCUACGCCAGCCUGCGUUUGGCAGACAGGCGUUUGACCAGAAGAUUGUGUUCAAGGCGCCAAGAAUUGUCAAUGAUGAUGUUUUAACUUUCAAUACACAGUCAAGUAGCCAAUGGGACGGAUUCAGGCAUUACGGUAACCAAACGCAUAAAGUGUUCUACAACGGAACAACACAGCAAAUGAUUGAGAGUAGCUCCGUUCUAGGCAUCGAUGCCUGGGUACAAAACGGCGGCGUCGUUGGACGUGGAGUCCUCCUCGACAUUGCCUCGUACGCCGAGCGUAACAACAUUGAAUUACCUGCCUUUGAAAGCACCGUCAUUCCUCUUGAAUUGGUCAAACGCGUCGCCGAGGAGGAAAACGUCACUUUCAGGCCAGGCGACAUCCUUUUCAUUCGCAGUGGUUUUACAAAGGCGUUCGAAAAACUGUCGGAGGAAGAAGCAGCGGCUCUAGGUCAACGACCUGUUGCUAAAUUCGUCGGAAUUGAGUCAAGCGAGGCAACUCUAAGAUGGUUUUGGCAGAACAAGUUUGCUGCGGUUGCAGGGGAUGCAGUGGCGGUAGAAUCGGCGCCUGUUCAGGGGCCACAGAUUCCUCAAGAGUGGUCGUUGCAUCAAUGGUGCUUGGCCGGCUGGGGAAUGCCACUUGGUGAGAUGUUUUAUUUGGAGAAGCUAGCGAGUCACUGCGCGGAGAAAAAGCGAUGGACCUUUUUCUUUUCCAGUGUGCCGUUGAACGUACCCGGCGGCGUGGCAAGUCCUCCUAAUGGCGUUGCGAUCUUGUAAGAACCAAUUAGAACCCCGGUGAAACAUGUAAAGUCGUGGUCUUCAUUGUUCUAUAUCUAUAUAUACAUUCAAAU